GGAAGUUGGAGGCGCAGCCGGAAGUAGCCGGGCGCUCGGCGGUCCGCUCUGUGACGGGGUCCUGAGGAGCGGCGAGGCGCCGGCGGCCAUGGAGCUGGGCGAGCUGCUCUACAACAAGUCGGAGUACAUCGAGACGGCAUCUGGGAAUAAAGUCAGUCGCCAGUCAGUGUUGUGUGGAAGCCAGAACAUUGUGCUGAAUGGCAAGACCAUCGUCAUGAAUGACUGUAUAAUCCGAGGGGAUCUGGCAAAUGUAAGAGUUGGACGCCAUUGUGUUGUGAAGAGUCGCAGUGUUAUAAGGCCACCGUUCAAGAAAUUCAGCAAAGGUGUUGCAUUCUUUCCUUUACAUAUUGGGGACCAUGUUUUUAUUGAGGAAGAUUGCGUGGUCAAUGCUGCUCAGAUUGGUUCUUACGUUCACGUUGGCAAGAACUGUGUGAUUGGGCGCCGAUGUGUGCUGAAAGAUUGCUGCAAAAUUCUUGACAAUACCGUACUGCCUCCAGAAACUGUGGUACCACCAUUCACUGUCUUCUCAGGCUGCCCAGGACUGUUCUCGGGGGAGCUCCCUGAAUGUACCCAGGAGCUGAUGAUCGAUGUCACCAAGAGCUACUACCAGAAGUUUCUGCCUCUGACGCAAGUCUAGUGACUGCCACAAAUCUUGAAUUUGCUUGAGUUCUAAAAGCUGAACUUGGGGACAAAGGGAGUGGUCAGCAUCUAAGAGAGAUCUUAUAUCUUUCACAAUUUCCACCUUUUUUUCCUUUUUAAUUUAGAAGUUUUCAAUUCUUUAAGGCUCUAGGGUCUUAAUUUGUGAGGAGCGGGCCAGCCAGAUAGCUCAGUGGCUAUCCAGUCAGAAAGCACCUGCGUAGGCAGAUGCAGGAGUUGAGG